GGGUGCUUCCUUGCUGUGCUCCUUCGAUUAAAUUGGGGGUGUAGCUGGAGCGAAUCAUCUAUUUUCCACACUGGUCACGCUUCUUGGUUUCCUAGUUUUCCAGGACAAGCAGCGAGGAAACGGAUCGAUAAGGACUGAAUACAGCAGUAAUGCUAACUCUGGCAAGCAAGUUGAAGCGGGAUGAUGGUGUCAGAGGACCCCGUGCAUCCAAUCCAGCUUCUGAUUCAACUCGGAGGGUGUCUGUUCGAGAUAAAUUACUUGUUAAAGAGGUUGCAGAACUUGAAGCUAAUUUACCUUGUACGUGUAAAGUGAAUUUUCCUGACCCAAACAAGCUUCAUUACUUUCAGCUAACUGUAAUCCCAGAUGAGGGCUAUUACCAAGGUGGAAAGUUUCAGUUUGAAAUUGAAGUUCCUGAUGCCUACAAUAUGGUGCCUCCAAAGGUAAAAUGCUUGACAAGAAUCUGGCAUCCGAACAUUACAGAGACGGGAGAAAUCUGCCUAAGUUUAUUGAGAGAACAUUCAAUUGAUGGCACUGGCUGGGCUCCAACUAGAACAUUAAAGGAUCUUUUGAAUUUUGACGAUCCUUUGAAUAUUGAGGCUGCAGAGCAUCAUUUGCGUGACAAGGAGGACUUUCGGAAUAAAGUUGAAGAUUACAUUAAGCGCUAUGCGAGAUGAUGAAGGGAGAUGGAUGGCAGGACCAUGGCUUCCACACUAGAGUUGUCCUUAACUUCAACAACAACAAAACCAGCCCGGAUUGUACUAGUCCUGUGUCCAUGUUGUACUGAAGAAGAAAACUAACUUCAUAACUUGUCCAUGUUAAAAGGAGAGUUCAGCAUAAAUACAGCAAGAAAUUGUGUAUGUUGGUUGAAAAAGUUGUUUGCUUACUUUUAAAAAUGUUUACUCUUCUGAACUGUACUGUAUAUCCUGUUGAUGAGAUAUGCUUGAGAAGUUAAAAGAAAUCACUAUUGAAAUUGUAAUUACACUUUUUUUUAACUCUUGCUUAGUUAGGAGGGGGGAAGGAAAACAAAAAACCCAGACAGAAAAGAUGGCGUGUUUUUGGAACGCUUCAAGUUGGCAAUAAAAUGGUCUCCUGUGAACCAAAUCACAAUACUGUUGCCUUUGAUGAGCAGAAACAAUACAAGCUUUUUUCCAAGAGUCAUUCAGCUAAGGCUUGCGAGAAUGCAAGUGCUAAAUGAAAUUCUACUUCUGGUAUUGACAUUCUUGAUGAUAUUUAACGUAAGUACGUUUUUGUCACACAACAUUUGGAAUUUUUACAUUGUUAUUUUCAGCUCCUGUUUGGGCUACAGUAUUUUUUUUUUCUAUUCAUUGUGUGAAGUAGUUGAAAGAAAUACAAGCUAAUCCGUAACUUAAGUAAAUGUGUAGUAUUAGUAAAACAAUAUAUAUAUAUAUAUUAUAUUUCUGUGAAAAUUCAAUGAAAGGGAGAUUUUAUUUUUUUUAAAGAAAUCUGCCUUUGGCUUUCCAAUCUGGAUGUGGUGAGGAAGCAUCAGAUGCUGUUUGAUCUGAUGAAAGUAAAUUCAAGCACUGUUACCUGGAGAACACCUAAUUGUGUAACUUCAGCACUGAAAGGGAAUGACUAAUAACGCAGCUGAGAAUAAUAAUGCACCGCACCUUCUUUUAAACACUCGUGUGCGCCUGGCUUUUUUGGUAAUUUGAAAGGAUAUGAUGCUGUAAUUGCCUUUUCUGUAAGUAGCUUUAUAUCAAACACCCAGUUAUCUGUAAGCAGAGAUCCUUCAGAAGAGAGUAGCAUGUACCUCAGGAAUCACUUCAGAGAAGCGUGCUGCCUGCCGUGUGCCAGAGCUCCCCGCUGCUCGCCCGCUGACCCCGGCGCUGCCUGGGGCUGCCGAGCCGGGGCCUCGGCGUAGCCUCACAGACCGAAAUGCAUUUCACUUGUGGGAUCACGCAGAGGAGGUGCCAUGGAACUGAUUCAAGCUUUUAUAAAUAGAUGAAUCAUAGAAAUAAAUGUUCGUGUGGUUUCAUACGGAGCAA